AUGGCGACAUUGGAUGAAAUCCUUGAGUGCUUCUGGGCUAAACUUGAAGCCUGCACCAGAUUACCACCAUCAGCUGCCCAAUCGGCACAGGAGGCUCAGAGAAAUCAGGGAGAGGAGCUAGAAAAGCCUUUACAGGGCAAGAAGACUCCCCAUGCAGCAGUGAAUACGAGAGCACGCCCACAGGGACAGAGAAAGAACAGGGCCACAGCUCCGGCGCAAGGCCCCUACAGGCGAAAGACCACAAAACACCAUAGUCGGCGACACAGACAGAGGGCUUCCUGCCGCUUCCUCCACCGGAAGAAAUCAGACACCCUGUUGCCACAACCCUGGGAAAAAAGCCGGGAACGCUCGACCUGGCCCAACACCCGCUACAGGGGACCGAUAGUGGCCAUUGCACACCCACUGACUACCCCUCAGCAUUCCAGCAAACCGCUGAAACUACACCUCCACACCAAGUCUCCAUCUCAAGCCUCCAGGGUGGACAUUGACUGA